AUGCUCCGACUGGCACGGGGCUCUGCUGCACAGGCUGUAUCCGCAGGCGCCUGCCUCCCGCUGGUGGCGGCAGCAACCACCACCGCUGCGAGCACUAUGUCGGCGGCAGCGUCGUCGCCGCCGUCGUCGUCGUCUCACACGCCCGAUGGGGACGAGGGUGACGUGGCGGCACCGGCACACCGGGUGGCCAUGGUUGGGCUGGGCAAUCCGGGGCGAUCGUAUGCGUACACGCGGCACAACGCGGGAGCGACAGUGCUGGCGGCGCUGGUGGCAAAGUACCUCGAGCCGGCGCAUGGAGUCCGAUCGGCGCCCGAGUGCUGGCGCGGAGGAGUCGAGGCCGAGGCCAGCGCAGGCGGAAAGGCCAAUCUGCUCUCUGCCACGGUCCAGUGCUACGAAGCGAUGUUUGAGGCGCCGAUGAGCGGGUUGACUCGUGAGCCGUGGGAUGCCAUUGACGUGCUGUCGGUGCGAGCGGCGGCGGCGACACGCGAGCACGGAGUCAGCCACCCGACCGCCCAUGCUGCGCUCAUCUUUCCGCACACCUACAUGAACCGGUCGGGCAUUGCAGUGGCGCAGUUUGCCGACGCAUAUGGGCUCGAGCUUGGCCCGGAGGGCUCGGACCUGCUUCUGGUCUGCUAUGACGACCUCAAUCUCCCGCUCGGUGCUCUCAAGCUCGUCUCCAAGCGGACCCGCAAGGGCGAGAAGAAGAUUCCGCACAAUGGCCUCCGCUCGGUCUGCUCCAAGCUCCCAGACGGCUCGCUCGUCGCCCGUCUCCGCAUCGGCAUCGGACGGCCGACUGACGGCACGCCCGUCACCGACUUUGUCCUCUCCGAGUUUGACUCUUCAGAGCGCAAGGCGCUGCACGCUGUUGCCUCGUUUGCCACUCACGUCAUCCGCGUCCUCCUUCACCGCGGCGUCGACCGCGCCGCCAACAUCGCCAACAACUACACAGCCUCGGAGUUUGCCUCGGCCUACGCCCGUGCCAUCUCGCAGCGCGCCGCCGAGUCGCUCCUCCCGCAGGCAUGACUUUUUGUUCCGGCCAGCAUCAGACUCUGCCUGAUGAGACUCGACGACGCGCGGGUGGGUUGCCAACGCUCGAGGGCGUUGCAUAUGCAAGAGUUGCUCUUGGCCGACGGAUCCGGAACGGAUUUGGAGUUGGUGGACAGUGUCGCCUCGCGAGUCGGCAGCGGCAAAACGGCUCGCGACCACACGAUAGCGAGCAAAGCACAGCAGUGGGUA